CUCCAAUGGCCUUUUUCAAAUUCAAAAUCAAAAUCAAAAUCAAAAUCUCACUGCUACUCGCAUUUCUCCACCUCACAUACCACGCCGCCUCCUUCACCGUCAUCAUGUCGGACUCCGGCGUCCCCUCCGCCCUCGUCGACGGCCCCCAAUCCGGGUUCUCCCACAACACCGCCGGCGUCCGCACCGACCCGGCCGAGCAAUCCGCCGUCUACGACAUCAUGACCGCCACCGGCAACGACUGGGCCGUCCAAAUCCCCGACGUCUGCCGCGGCCGCUGGCACGGCAUCGAGUGCAUGCCCGACAAGGACAAUCUCUACCACGUCGUCUCCCUCUCAUUCGGAUCCCUCUCCGACGACACCGCUUUCCCCACCUGCGACCCGACCCGAUCCGUAAUCUCCCCUUCCAUCACAAAACUCCCCCACCUCCGAUCCCUCUUCUUCUACCGCUGCUUCUCCGGCAUCCCCCAGCCCAUCCCUCCCUUUUUGGGCCGUUUGGGCCCUUCUCUGCAGACGCUCGUCCUUAGAGAAAACGGCCAUGUAGGCCCCAUCCCACUUGAAUUGACCAAUUUGACCCGCCUCAAGCUUCUGGACCUUCACGAAAACAGCCUCAACGGUUCCAUUCCGGCUUCGCUCAACUGUUUAGCCGGCCUGCGGUCUUUGGACUUGAGCCGGAACAAGCUCUCCGGCUCGAUCCCGACUUCUCUGGGGCUGCCUAACUUGAGGGUACUAGACCUGAGUCAGAAUCUUCUCACCGGUUCGGUUCCGGCCGGGAUCGCCACGUGUCGUUCUCUGAUUAAAUUGGAUUUGAGUCGUAAUCGUUUGACCGGGUUGAUAACGGAGUCUAUUGGUGGGCUUAGAGACCUUGUGCUUUUGGAUCUCAGCUAUAAUCGAAUCUCCGGCCCACUUCCGACGUCGUUUGGGCUUUUGGGCUCUCUGGAAGUUUUGAUUCUCGAGGGAAAUUCAAUGGGCUGUGUUAUUUCUGGCGAUCUCUUUGAUGGUAUGAUGGGCCUGAUGACGUUGAUUCUUUCCAACAUGGGCUUCCACGGCUCAAUUCCUGGCUCUUUGGGCCGAGUACCGAAUCUUCGAGUACUACAUCUUGAUGGCAAUCACUUCAAUGGUUCAAUUCCCUCCAGCUUUCAAGACUUGAAGAAUCUAAAUGACUUGAAACUCAACGACAAUUUGCUAACCGGACCGAUACCAUUACGAAAGGAGAUGAUUUGGCAGAUGAAGAGGAAGCUUAGAUUGGAUAAUAACUUGGGGUUGUGUUACAACUCUGAGAGCGGGGUUGUGGACGUGUCGGGCUCGACGUAUAAUGUCGGUAUUGGCCCAUGUGAUGUCCCGAGAUUUGAACCGACUCGAACCACACAACAUGUUUCCAUGGAUGGAGAAAAUGUUGUAAGGAGUGAUAAUGCAUCGCGAGGGACAGUUCAUAGAACUUCGGUUCUUAUUGGGUUGUUCCAACUAACAACUUGUAUUUGGUUUUUUAUUAAAUUAUACUAAGAGAGACAAAAAAAUAUGAA